UCCCUUACUUCCACCAGAAGAAAUCAGCUCUUGUUUCAGAUUGUGAAAGGCAGAGUUCCUCUUUCUGGCAGUAAAUGGGCUGACCCAGAACAUGAGAAGAAGGAACAGUAGCAGAUCUGUGGCAGGUUGCAAACCAAGAAACAAGCAUGUCCUUUAAUUUUGAUGGAUCCUUCUUUAAUGACAUUGACUUCAGUGACAUUCCUACAGGAUUUCCAACUGUUAUUUCUGCCCCAUGUAAAAGCACAUGGGUUAUCAACAAAUAUUUUGUGGUUGUGGUCUAUGCUCUUGUGUUCUUUCUCAAUGUGGUUGGCAACAGCCUUGUGGUUCUGGUCAUCUACAACAACAAGCUGAAAAGAUCAUCUACUGAUGUUUACCUUCUUCAUCUGGCCAUUGCGGACCUCCUGUUUGCCACUACCUUGCCCUUUUGGGCAGCAUAUAAAGCCAGCCAGUGGGUGUUUGGAAUCUUUAUGUGUAAAGCUGUGUCAGUAUUACAGGAAGUCAAUUUCUACAGUGGUAUCCUUCUUCUGGCCUGCAUUAGUGUUGACCGAUACCUCGCCAUUGUCCAUGCCACUGAAGCCGUUACACAAAAGCGACACUGGGUCAAGUUCAUUUGUCUGGGUAUAUGGAUUUUUUCCCUCGUCGUAUCACUUCCAACUCUGUUGUUUCGGACUGUGUUCAAGAGUCCUCGAGAUGCAUAUGUCUGCCAUGAUAGUAUUGGGAAUGAAAAUACAGAAGACUGGAUGAUCAUCUUGAGGAUAGGGAGACACUUGGUAGGCUUCUUCAUACCAUUGCUGAUUAUGCUCUUCUGCUAUGGAUUUACUAUUAAAACCCUCUAUCAAACCAAGAGCAGCCAAAAGCACAGAGCCAUGAAAGUUAUCUUUGCAGUUGUUUUGGCCUUCCUGAUCUGCUGGUUACCCUACAACCUCACUGUUAUUGUAGACUCCCUGAUGAGGACCCGAUUUAUCAAUGAGACCUGUGAGAAGCGAGAACAUUUAGAUGCUGCCCUCUCAACUACUGAAAUUUUUGGCUACACGCACAGCUGCAUCAACCCCAUUCUGUAUGCAUUUAUUGGACAAAAGUUCUGGAACAGUUUCCUAAGAAUAUUGGCCAGCAAGGGCAUUGUUAACAAAUCUUUUCUGGCCCGUUAUGCUCGUGGGUCUACCUUUUCCUUUGGCUCCACUUCUGGAAACACAUCCAACACACUCUAACCAACCUGCCAUCAUUGUAUAUAUUUGAUUUGUUUUUGCAUAGCUGCUUCUGGCAACAUAAAACUUAAUAUUAACUAAAAACCUUGAAUUGGAAGAACUGCAUUCAGUAGUUAUUUUAAGACUGUAUUUUUAACUCUAGAGCUGAUACUAACCACUUUACAAUCAAGCUUUACCAGACUUCAAAAGUCCAGCUUCAGCUUCUAAGAUAUACUCUAUUCUGAUAAUUUCCCAUGACCCUUAUGCUUCUAGUGAUAACUUGGAUCAACACUGGUGAAUCGCUGAGCUGGGACAGUAAUUUCAAUAUAACAAAUACAAUAAUUCUAGAAUGUGUUCUCCUUUAGGCUUGUAUGAUUACAGAUUUAAUCAUUACACUGGGGUGCAUAGAAAGACUGUAGAAUACAUAUUAAGGAAUAUUAUAGCCUAGUACCUUCUCUCAGCUCCAUCCUAGACCUCCAUUCUCACUUUACUUCCUAUCCGCUUGUUCCCUGAUCACCGUCCCAGUACACUUUCUCUCCACCCCUUCCUCUCAUUUCCUCAGCCUUUUACCUAAAUAUUCAUACCACCCCUCAGCCUCUCCUUGUCUAUCUAUUCCCCUCUUCACAUGGGUAAAUAGCUAAGAUAGAUUUGCUGUGUUUUACAAAAAAAAUUAUUAAUGCCAAGCUGUUAUGACUUGUUCUUUGUGUGUAAAAACUUUAGUAGAAAUAUGAAGUUCAUGUUCUUACUUCUUAUUACAAUGUACUUUCUUCAUUUCAGCAUGUACUUACUAUACACUUCAUUCCUGUAAAAAAUUCCGUUGCUGAAUAAAAUUGGAUAUUCCUGA